AUGCCUUCAGAAGCGGCAAAGAAACGUCAAGCAAAAAAGAAAGCCGCAGCUCAAGCGAGAGGAAAGCCGAAACCUGCGGCAGAAACAACAGAAAAUGGUGUAGAAGAUUCACGAGGGACGGAAAAUGGCGCCGUCAAGUUGGAUUUGUCGAGUCGUUCCUGCACCGGCGUUUUGGCUUCACACUUCCAGUCUCGAGAUUUGAAGAUCGAAAACUUUUCGAUAACUUUCCACGGUGUUGAACUCUUAACAGAUACAAAAUUGGAGCUGAAUUGUGGUCGUAGAUAUGGUUUAUUGGGCCUUAAUGGUUGUGGUAAGUAGAUUCGAAUUUCGAAUACAAACGUGUCUUAAUAAUAAAGUGAUUUCACUAACUAUAAACAUUCUCAAAUUAUUUCACACGGAAAAUUUCUUAAUUUUUCAAAUGUUUCUAGUCUUUUAGAAUAAGGAUGUACGUGUAGACGUCUCUUUAGAGAACAAUGAUGUAUUAUACUUGUCCCCUGGCUUCCACUUGGUCCAAAAAAUUUUUUUGAGGGAACUUUUUUCCCUCCGAGCUUGUUAAGCUGAAUUUAUUAUAGACUGAACGAAUUAAACUGAAUUCUUUCCCUUAACUUCAGCUUACUUUUAAUUUCCUCUCUUUUAAAGCGUAGGGGUUUCGAUCCAUAAACGAAAGCACUUUGUUCUCAAUUUGUACUUACUCACUUACAAUAUAAUGACCAAAAUAUCCUUUAGCACUGUGUUUCGUUAGAAUAUCAAAAUAAAAUUGCUUAUGUAGUUAAGCUUACAUAUUAUAAGACGACAGCACUGUUUUGAUUAAUUAGUUCAUUUGGUGUGGCUUCACCAUGUUACAAUGUAUUUCACAGUAGCAGCUACAUAUACCUGUAGGAUUUUCCUAGCUUUCUACCACAGAAUUUUUAUUUUAUUUUUACAGUCGACUCCUGAUAACUUGAAUCUUCCAGGGAAAUUGCAAAAAGUUCGAGUUAUCAGGAGUUCAAGCUAUUGGGAGUUCAAAGUAAAUACUACCAUUAAUGAGGAAAUGGCAUGGGAAUAUGGCGUUAUAUCCCCGCCAAAAUUCAAGUUUUGUUUUUAACAUUUAAGUUUCCUUUUUAAAUCUCAUGUUUACGAUUUAGAUCUGAACUUUUAUAUACAAAAUUCCUACUUUGAAUUCAACAUUGUACCUUAUUGUAAUCAUUUCAAGUUCUAAGAUGCGAGAAAAAGAUUCAAGAUUGAAGUUUUCGCUUCAACAAGCAAGUCUUUGCUUCAACAUUCAAGUAUUUGCUUCAACAUUCAAGCCUUCAUUUGAACAUUCAAGUUUCUUUACAACAACCAAGCCUUCGCCUCAACAUUAAAGUCUUCGCUUCAACGCCGUGUCUUUGUUUUCAGCUUUCUCAAAGAUGCACCAAACAACAUACGAGUUUUGAAUUCAACCUUCAAGUUUUGAAUUCAAACUUCGAGUUUUGAUUUGAACUUCACGCUUGAUCAACUCGGUCACAUGACUAUACCCAAGGUCAGGCAUGCGCACUGGUAGCCUACCCAACAUGCUUUGUUGUCUUCGUAUUUGAAAGAUGGCGGCCGCCACAGAGAGACGAGAUUAUUUAUUUCUCCACCGAACUGUACUAGAAACUAUUUCCAGUUUAGACAACAUGUUAGAUCCAUCACAAAUAGAUAGUGUAGUAUUGAGGCUAGAUUGCGUGAAGCGUUAUCUAGUAAAUAUCAGUGAUGACUCGCAGACAGAUGCCAUCAUCACUAAUCUUGAACAAGUUAUCGAGAGCCUACAAGAGGAAAGACAACAAUACGAAAACGUACAGGGUCAUCCAAUGGCCGCCAAGCUUAUCAAGCAAGGACGUGGACGGCCUAGUUUUGACAUUAGGGAAGAAACGUUGUCAUUUUUUCUCGAAAACAGCUUCAAAGUUCCGGUCAUCGCUCAACUGCUAAUGGUUUCCUCUCGCACCGUCGAAAGAAGGAUGAACAAAUAUGGGUUGACAGUGUCAGGUUAGUGUAUUAAUAGCUUUUUUCCAGUACGUGAUGUGUUGAAUGACGUGUGUAGCCAUUCAGUUCAGGUUUUUAAUAGCAAGUAAUAUUUAUAUAUUUAUUUUGUUAAAUUUGACCUUGUAUGUGCAUUAGGCCAUUACAUUUUUAUUAUACCGACCCUAUCAAGGGCCAAGGAAAUCUUGCUGGGAGGGGAGGGGGUAUUUUCAUGGAUUUCUCGGGGUCAUCCCAAGGGUCAUUUUCAUUUGCGUUCUCCUUACAUGUUUUUUGCACUGUCUUUACAAUAUUGCGCCCUCCUUUCAUUGACUCUAAGCUUCCUUACAUUGCGCCUGCGCCCUCCUUACAAUUUUGUGCCUGUGCCCUCCUUACAAUUUUGAACCUUCCUUACAAUUGCACUUCCCUUACAUUGAACCUAAUGAAGGAAAUUUUAAAUUAAUGUGGAAUGGUCCAUAAUUGACCAAUGGAUAAAAAGAACGUGGUAUUGUUGUAUUUCAUUUUGUUGUUGAUAUGUCGAGAAGUUCCCAGAACUUGUACCAUGACACUCGUAUUUUUUAAAUAAACUUGUUUGGUAUAGUUUUCUUACAAUACAUUUAAUUUCUUAAAAUUUUAUUAUUUCUUUUUUUAACGCCCUCCUUACGUAGUUGCAAGGUGUCUCUAAGUGAUGUUUGACAUAGUUUAAGAGUGUUCGGGAGCAUUCUAGACCUGUUUUGUAAGAUUUCAAAAAUUCUGAUUUUUUGGGCUGCCAGCCAUCUGAAGUUUUUUUUUUAAAUCUGAGGAGUAUUUUCUUAAAACAACCACCCAAAGGGGGUAUAAACAUUUUCUUCUAAAGCGGUUUUGCAGGAAACCCCUCAAUAGGGGUUGCAGAUGUAAAAUAAAAAGGCCCAUUUAUGACAAUUUAAAUGAAAUUGCUUUCGUCAUGUGGGAUAUUUGUGUCUAUCUGUGUUAAGCCCCAGGCUUACCAGGGUUGGGAUUUUGACAAUGAGAUGAUGCCCCAAGCCCUACAUGUAUGGGUUCAUGAAGUGUAGAGACAUUAUGAAAAAGAUGCCUUUGCAAAUUAAUCCCUGAUUGAACUUGAAACUGUAUAUAUGAUUACCUAUGCAAAUUCCAUCCUUUGACUUAACAUUGAUACUGUAGGUGCAUAACACUUGCUGAGGAAAUGAUCAUUUCAAACAGUCAUGUACCAUCACUGAUGAAUUCUAGAAUUAGCACCCAAAGAGGCUGUCUCCCUCAGAAAUGACCAAUGAUUUUGGUUUGAAAAAUAAAUUUCUCUGUUAUAUGCAGCCUUUGACGUGGAUCUGUACAUGUAUAUGAUGGUUACUAACAUAAAAUGUCAUAAAGAAGGAAAUUGUUGUGAGGGUCACAUGUUUUCUUUUUUUUUUUUCAAAUGGGGGGUCAUGAGUUUUCUUUUGAAAGACUGGGAAGGAUCAAGACUUUUCUGAAAAAAUACUCAAAAUUCCCCAGCACCCCCCAAUAAAAGCAUACCUUCCCUAAUUGAGGCUUUAUGGUAUGUAUUUUACCUAAUGUUGUGUUUGAAUAAUCCUGAUUUUUAGGAACCUAUAGCAAUAUUAAUGAUGAACAACUGGACAAUCUUGUUCAACAAGCUCAGAGGGAACAACCAGGCAUAGGACUAAGAUUAUUGAUGGGAAAAUUAAGAAGCAAAGGUGUAAGGAUGCAGUGGGAAAGGCUGCGGUAUUCUCUGCUCAGAACUGAUCCAACAGGUGUCCACCAAAGAUGGAGAAAGGCUAUUCAUCGGCGAAAGUAUUGGGUGCCAGGUACACUUGCAUUGUGGCACAUUGAUGGAAACCAUAAACUGAUAAGGUUGGUUUACAGACCAGAAUAAUAGGUUAAAGCUGAAUGCCAAAAAUUAUCAUGGGGCAUGAUAAUGCUGCUUUAAAGUGGUGAAGUCCUUGAUCUUUAUCCCUCGGUCACUGGAUGUUCGGGUAACUGUAGUGUGGCUGGGGGCUACUGGGACCAUGUGAUGGCAGAUGACUUUUAUUUAGAUUUUUUUAAAAUUAUUUAUCCCAUUGCAGUUUCACUAAUGACAACAGCAGCAUCCCACUAAAAUUAUUUUCUGGUGUUUUGUGCUAUCUUUUAUGAAGUUUAGGGCUUCCCUUGUCUUGCAGGGAUGAAUUUUUGUUCAUGUAUUAAUGGAAGCAAGUAUGUGCAUAUAUAAGCAACUGGUAGUUACAUGUAUUGUUUAAAAGGGUUAACCUUUUGACCAUCAGACUGGCUUGAUUGUUUUUGCUGGGACCUGGCUUAUCUUAGACUUUUGGUAUCUGCAUAGCAGACAGUUAAUCCCACUUCAAAGCAGCUUUAGCAUGUCCCAUGAUUAUUAUACAAAUGAGGUACUUAAAUCAGGCUCUACUUUGCAGCACCAUUGGAGCUUGGUUUGGAUUGGAUUUUAAUCACAAACAAAUGACUCGCACUAUAACCAUCAAAACACAAAGUAAAUGAUACUCACCAAUCUGAUAUUCAUAGUGAUUGAUCACUCCCAUGUAACUGCAGCACCUGGGUACAGAUCCAGGAUUUACACUAAAGGGGGCAUUGGUGAAGAUGUGCAUCAGUAAAGGGACAUAUGAGCAUACUGAAGUGAUUAGUAUGAAGCGACAGUGCAAAACCCUUCCUGAAUGGGGGUUUGCAGUAACUGAUACUUCCUACCUCACUCAUUCAUUUUCAGAAUUUCCACUACAGCUUGUGAACCCAACUCAGUACAGUACGUCAUACUGUCUAUGAAGUAACCUACAUUUUGUUAUCAGAAAGUAUGUUUUCAGUGUUGGUAGUAAGGAACUUCUUCAUGUUAAAAUAGUUAUUUUUUGCUUUGUUUAAAUCGCCGCCAGUCAUACAGUGUAUGGGGCUCCACGCAGCUCUUAGAACGAGUUGUUUUAUUGGCUCAUCAAACAGUAGAUGAAUGACCUAAACAAUGCCCCUAUCCCUAAAAACAAUAGCUGUGCUUUACAAGGCCAAUGGAAAUAGAGGUUUUCGAGAGCUGCAUGGUAUCUUAAUCAUACUGCUUAAUUUGCUGUGGUUGUUGUAUAAUUCUUUCUAGGUGGAAGAUUGUUAUCCAUGGUGGCAUUGACGGGUAUUCCAGAAUGCCUGUAUACCUGCAUGCUUCAGACAAUAAUAGAUCCUGUACAGUUUUGCAACUUUUUAUCAAAGCUGUUGAGGAGUACGGACUGCCCUCUCGUGUGAGGUGUGACCAAGGUGGGGAGAAUUUUGAUGUUGGGACAUAUAUGUUGGAACUUCGUGGAACUGGCCGUGGCAGUAUUAUAGCAGGUAAAGUAAUAUUUAUUUUGACUUGAAGUGGCUUUUGGCUGAGAUCUAACAGUUUUUAUUAUAUGGAAUAUAAUUUUGCUAGCACCUUUUCUUUUAGGAAAGAGCACACACAACCAAAGGAUUGAGCGUCUGUGGCGUGAUGUCUUUGAAGGAUGCUUGGAUUUGUUUUAUCAAAUAUUCAAUUUUUUAGAGAGGAAUGGAUUUCUUGAUGUCUUGGAUGAUGUGCAAAUGUGGUCUCUCCACUAUGUUUAUGUUCCUAUACUAAACAGGCAUCUGGAGGCAUGGAAAAAUGCCUGGAUUUAUCAUCCCUUAAGAACUGAAGGAAACAAAUCCCCACUACAGUUAUGGAUUCAUGGUCUUAGUCAUACAAUGCUGAUGACAUCCGGAGAUCAAGUACAGGUAAUAGGCUUAUAUCAAAUCUUGCACAUCCUUUACCGAAUGGAGGAUGUAAUAACUGGAGAAAAGUAAUAUUAGCGGGAAUAACUUCACACAACAAUUUGUUGUCCCCAAGCGCCAUAAUUUCCUAUAUGCACAACAACAUAACCCUUAUACUAAUUAAUAACCUUCCAUGUCAUCCUGUACAGUAUAUAUGUCCACAUCUAUACAAGCUUCUGCACUUACAUGUGAUUCCUCCAUCGUACAGCCCACUAAGGCCCUCUUUACAUGGAAAGAGGAUGAUCCUAGUGCUAGGAUGAUCCUAGCAGAUUCAUUUGGUUUACAUGCAAAAAUGCGGCACUAGGAUGAUCCUAGCGCUAGCAUCAUCCUACCUCUCAGAUAGGAUGAUCCUAGCGCUAGGAUCAUUGUAGCGUGCAACCAUUCGCAUGUAAACUGAAAGCAGAAAACAUGUCGCGCUCGGAUGAUCCUAGUGCUAGGAUCAUCCUCUUUCCAUGUAAAUAGGGCCUAAACCCCUUAUAACCCUGUAUAUCUCUAUACUCUGUUCAUCGCUUUACUGCCAUGUACAAAUGGCCGUUAACUCCAUAACCCUGUGCAUUUCACUUUCUCCUGGUCUCAUAUAAUACCCUGUACUUAUCUAUUCAACCCUUACACGAAUUAUACAACCCUGUAUUACUAUUCUUCCCUCGUCCUACAAUAACUCCUCAAUAGUCCAAUAAAAUACCAGGAGCUCCGAUCUGGUUUAAUUUGACACCUCUAUGAGAUGGCUCAUCGGAGCCUUUGAAUUUGUUUGACCAUUAUAGCUGUUUCAUAUUCAUACAAUUUCUCAAGGCAUGAACUUAAAGACCUGCGCCAAUGAGUCCUUCUUUUCCACUAAAAGUUAUGACAAAACUGUACUAAACCAACAAACAGAUAGCUGAAAGUGUUAAAAAUCAAACUUUGACCUGGGUAAGCUGUUAUGGUAUAUCCUACCAUCUAAGCUUGCUUGCUUUAUUACAGAACCAAAGGGAUUUCACUUACUAUGGAGUUGAUUGGAGUGGACCAGUAGGCAGUGCUGGGGACAAUGGGCAAGUUGAAGUGCCAGUUACAACAUGUCCACUCAACACUGCAGAGCUACAACAGCUUAAAGAACAAAUUGAUCCCUUAGUUGAUGACAGCAAUUAUGGCAUAGACACUUUUAACGAAACAGUGCGUGCAGUUGAGAGAAUUCUGCAAAGUCGAGCUCGCGGUGUUUCACCAUAAAUGUAUUUGUAUCUUCCAGUUUAUGAAAAUGUGAUACUUUCUAUGUAAGAUGUUGUGUGAAGCUUUCACUGAAGUUGGUGAAUGUCAGCAUGCCUAGUGAAAGGAAGGCUAGUGUGCUCUCUUGCAAUGUAAAUGUUCCCUUGCUGGUGCAUCAUUGGGUCCCCCUUAGUGCAAAACUCUGGACCCUCCCCUUUAAUGGUAUUCAUUUAAGUGGAAAGAAUGAGGCUGCAUGCAAGUAGCAUCUUUUUAUUGUAACUCAAUUUUUCAAAGAUUGAUACAAUGUCAAAAGAGUUGUAUGUGGCAAAUAAACAUUUGUACUAUUAUCCUUUUUUUAAUGUACAAGAACUAUAGAAAAAACAGUAACUUACCUUAUUGUAACCAUACAUGAUAAAUAUCUUGAAUGCUGUAUAUUGUACUUAUCUGUGCAUGAUACAUGUAAUGCCUAAUUAAAAGAAAAUGUUUAUUCCUCUUAACAGUACUGAUUCUCGCCCAACCAAUCAAACUGCUGUCUUCUCUUUGACAAAUCUAAUAGAAUUUAUAAUAUAACAUGUGAACAAAUGUGAUGGGCAGGACAGUACUUCUAUAAAUUCAAUCAUGAGUUGAUAAUGUAUCAAGGUCUGAUUACAGCCUUCAUUGAAAGACUAAAGUAAUUCAAGAAAAAAAAAUCCUGAACUGAAACAUUUUCACUGAAAAAACUGGAAUCAAUCUAAAAAAACGUACAUGCAUGCUCUCUUCACCAGAACAACUUCAUUAAGUACCUGUAACUUUAGUUCCUAGAGCAUGCUCCAGUCUAAACACUAGAAAAGGCUUUUCCAUUGCUAUCACACACAGCCGUGAGUGAAGAAGAAAAUGUACCUUGGUCUGGAAAGGACCUUGGUAAGGUUACACGAAAUGAACAUGUGGAUGAGAAUAUAGAUUCUGUAUCAUCGAACCCUAUCUUGAUGAUACCUAGCCCGAACAGAGGUAGCCCUGGUGAACCUGUGGCAAAGACUAAGAAGGACUUCAACUCAUCGAUGGAUGCAUCUCUAAGAAACUGUAGCAUGUAUUCUUUGAUGUUCUCCUCGUUUGUGUUUAAAUCUGAUGGGAACUGCAGUUGACCCUUGAUGUCAUUGGCAGUCACUUCCUUGUCUCCUGCUACAAAUAAUUCUUUAAAGACGUCUGGAUACAAUUCCAUCCUUUUUCCAAAGCCAAGGGUCUUUAACCCCUCCCUCAGUUGGUCUAGCACCAUCUUUGGCUUUGCAAUAGCAUCAUGGACUAUCAGGUUUCGUAUCACCCUCAUCUUGUUGUCAUUCUGAAAAAGGGGCAAUGGAGCAUGAAUUUGUAGCCAUUUUUAAGAAGUUGAAUGGAUUUGACAGAUUUAGUAGCACUUUGUCCCCUGCCCAUAAACUCGAAGAUUUUAACUGUUGGGCCAAAAAUCACAAUUUCACCACACUCUAGCCUGAUUAUCAGAUAUUCCUUGAUCUUUUGAUUUCAAAAUGCACGGACCACCUAAUAAUCAGGCUAAGCAAUUUCAUUUUAUUUAUUAUCUCAAAGAUAAGAGGUACUGAAACUUUUAAAAUGUAUUUUUAAACUGGCUAAUCUACAUGUAAGGGUAUCUUCAGACAAAUGAAGCGAUUUUACCAAAUGGUCACUGAAAUGAGAUUCUAGAUUCUUACAGUCAUCUGCUUAAAACUCAAGGAAACAAUCCUUACUGUCAGUUUCAUGGUAAGUCCACAAUUUGCAAGAAUGGUUGUUACUUCCUCCUCGUCAAGAUUGGCAACAUCUUCUGCUUCUGCAAUCUGAAAAUUUAACAAGCAAUGAAAUCAAUGAAAAUAAUUUGACCCCCUAAGUAUCAACCUCAGGGAAAUGGCUAGUCACUGCUUGAAAGGUUACAAAAAAUGAAACAAAGGUAGGCAGGAUUGCAUAUGAUUAUUAUCGAAUUUCAAUACUGGAAGGCUUCACACCUUGUAUCAUGCAGGUUGCUACUUAAAAACUUGUAUAUUUCCCUUACAUUGUAAUUGCCACAGGAAUAUUUCAAAAUGUAGUUAAAAAUGAUAUUAUGGGAUUAUAGGGGUAAGGGGAAGGAAACUUGCUUAGGAAAACUAGCAGGCUCAUAAACCUCCGCUUCCAGACUGCGAACGUCUGUGAGGGGCUGUGUCUGGUGUAACAGUACACAACGGAUUUUACAUUGUAUUGUCUUUGUGAUCUAUUGUUUUCUUGUAGUUUAUUGUUUAGUCUUUGUUUUGUUCUUUUUGUUACUGGUACACGAGGACAGAACAGUUGAUUAGGAAAAUAAAAAUAAUGUGUCGUGUCAUACUGCAAAUUGUUUAUUACCUUUGAAAUAAAAUCUCUCAUCUCUAAAGAACAAUCAAUCACAGCAAGGCCGUCAAUUGCUUCCUCUACAUUGCCUGUAGCCAAGUAAUAGUAUAUUCCUGGGCUAAAAACAGGAAGACCAGGUCCUCCCUGCAGUAUGCUAUGCACAAUUAUUGUACCAACUAACUUCAUGAGUCCAGAGGCUACAGUAUCACUGUUGUAGAUAGGGCUGCAGUAUUCUUUUCCCUGGAAAAAUGUCUCGGUAAUUCCAGUAAGGAGUUGGGUAUAGAAGUGACGCACAACACCACCUGUAUCAGCUGCAGCUUGGCCGGUGUAAACAAUUCGAAGUCUUUUCGAUGGAUUGAAGUCACUGUCCUUGUAGUAUGUCAUUGCAUCAUUCAGCAGAUCUUCUUCAUCUACUUUCAGUUUCUCCUUUUGGCCAUUAUCAAAAUUCUUUUGCAGAUCAUGCAAUUCUUCACUAAGGGAGCGUGGUCCUUCAAAUACAGAAUCCAUUAGAUCUGAAUCGUCAUCAGACAACUCUAGAGACGUCUUAGAUUGUAGUAAUGUGGUCACUGCCUGGCGUAAAGUUCCCUGGACUUUUAAGCAAUUCUCUAGUUCUUUUCUGGUUUCAUUUGGGAACAUCUCUGACAACUUGUCAAUAUCUUCCUCUGUAGCAGAUGCAUUUGACCCUGCACUAGAUGUUGAUGGAAAGGCCAAGGGGUCGUCUCCAUUACCAUCACUGCUAGAAAUCAAAAACAUUUUUGUCAGCCUCUCCACCCCAGGGUACUAUCUCACUGGAUUGAUUUAUUAUUUAUCACUUUCUUACAAAGGGGGAGUCGUUGGCAUCCUAGGAUCCCCUAACAACAUACCAUAAAUCCUCUAUUCCCCCCAUUGGUGCAAGAAAUUUAUUAAACCCCCCCUCCCCCUUUUUUCUUCACAACCAAAACAAUAAAUGACAGACUGUAUUACCUGUACAUUUAUACAAUUCUAAUCUGGGCAGGAAUUCACAUACACAACACUCACGAGCUGUAAUAUAAUCAUAAUUACAGCAAUCAAUGAGUGGUGAACUGCUGUUAUGUCACCAAAUUAUAAUAAGCCCUACCCCCUCUCAAAUAAUCUCCCCCUGUCUAUUAAGCCCCCUCCCUAUUAAGCCACCCUUAAAUGCACUUAAAAUAAAUAAGCCCAGGGUGGGAGGGGGGGAAAGGGGGUAAUAGUGGAUUUAAGGUGGAUAUAUUAAAAAGAUAUGAUUCCCCUACCUUUCGUUGAACAAGACAUGAUCACUCAUCGUUGAUUGUCGCUUUAAAUGUAAGAUAAUGAUAACAUAUAUUAACUGGUAAGCAAAUGUGUUAUCUUUUUUCAGAGCUUUGUUCUGUCUUUCUCUGGGACAAAUUUCUUUUGCAAAAAAAAUAUCAAAUGUCCAAAAAUAACUUUAAAAUCAAUGUCCACGACACUUUACUCCGAAUACUUUCAGAAGAAAAUGAUUAUAUUGAUUUACCCGACUUAAUAACAAAAAUUUCCUGAAAACUCGGCUUCUUAUAUUUGCAAUGUCCGUGAUUGUAAACUUAAUUAAAUUGAAUUUAUUUAUAUUUAUUUGCUUAUUUAUUGAACUACUCUUUUUCUCUAGUCUUUCUUGUGAUCUAUUUGUAUAUGUAUUUUCUUACGUGUAACCACUGCUCGCCUCGACUAGCUAAUCUGCUAACUGCGGGCAGUGGAUAUUGCUUUUUGUAAAUUUGUGAUUAUUAAUAAACAGUUGAAACAGUAGUGACAAAAUUUAUGUAUUUUCACAUGACUUCUUGAUGACAUCCAGAAUUGGCCAUUGAAAGCCAUCUUUUGAAAGCCAAAAUGUGAAGAACUGAGUGUUAUGCUAACUAUAUUGUGCAUCAGGUAAGGAUAUUGAUCCUAUAUACAUGUAUUCUAAUGAACAGUACCAAUCUUUUCCUUGGGUGAUGCUGUUCUUGGUGAUGCCUUAGUUUUCCCAUGUCAAUUUCUUGGUCGCACUGGACACACUUGACCUUUGGUUCAUCCUGUUAAAUCAAUACAGUCUGUCAUAUAUGAGAAACAUGUUAUACUAAUGUCGGGUCUCCAUGAUUUUUCUGUGACAUAUAUUCCUUUGUGUGGACGAAACAGAAAAUAUUUGCUGUUCUAUGUGCCAGUCAUGACUUUGGACAGCAGAGAUACAAAUAAAAACAAGGCUGUCAUUUUGGUCACACUGGGGCUUGGAAACAAUUGGCAACAUCAUAAUUGCCACAUUUUAUGUUUACAUGGACAAAUUUUAUUUGCCACAUAAAAACUAACAUGCCAGCUUUUCAGCAAAUAUUUUGUCAAAUAAAAAAUUGGGCAAGUUUCCUCAUUUUUAUUAUGCAGAUAAAAAAAUCGGGAAAUUUUCCUCAAAUGAAGAAAUAAAAUAAAAACUACCACAUGCACAAUUUAACAUAAAAAGUGCUCGUUUAGACGAGCCCGAAGUCGUAUGAAAAAAAAUGCGUGUCUUCAUCUGAGAACACAAUGGAGCCCAUGCUACUUGCUCCCACUAAGGCUGGAUCACUGCCCAAUUCCUGUGUCACUGCUAUUAUCUAGUUGGUCAAGGAAAAUACUGAGCUUCCCAGGUACUUACAGGCUUGUUACUGACUGUCUCAAAUAAUAUUGUCAUUUGCACGAUUUGCAGAAAGUAUGUGUAGAAAAAUGGAAACUGAAUUACAAAAUAAAUUACUCUCAUUGAAACUAUCCAGUUAAUAACUUAGGUCUUUUCAUUGCAGAGUGACUGGUCUUUUUCUGGUACAUGUUUAAACAGUAAACCACUUAUGUUUUUAUUCUGACCUCUUGGGCAGGAUGCAUCAUGUUGUCCAUACUUGGGUCUUCUGCAUCCAGAAUGUCAAGCUGUAAUGGCCUGAUGUAAACCACAGAAGCAUUUGCAAUUUCCUUUAUCCUUGAUGGAGUAUGUGGUGCUGGCAGAUGAUGAAAUCCAUGCUCUUCACCGCCUCUCUGGUAGAGAAGGAGCUCAUAGCCACCAGCAUGAGAGAGUCUGGGAUACCUCUCUAAAAGUUUUGAGUGUAUUGCAUUCCCAUUCAUUUCAAAAGUCAUGCUUGAUGGCCCUAAGCCAGAAUUUGCCAAGGCAGUCUUCGCAGCGACAGAGGUGGGGGGCUUGUCACUGUCAACACAGCCCAGACAGCAGAAUUUCAUGGUACAGGUUGGAAUUUUUUUUAUUGGAGCCUUUCCUUUUCCAGUCAUCCUUGUCUUCCCCUUCAUGUAGUGAAACACUCUACUAUGCUCCUCUGAUGGACUAAUUGCAGUUGUAGCGAGUCUACCAAGUGCAGCCGGAAGUGGUACACUGGGACUGUAAUUACUUCUUGUACUAGAAAUUGAAGGCUGGCUAUGUUGUGCAGGAGUGUUGGCUGGUGGAACAGACUGUGAAGUACUAGCCCCUAAAAAUAUAAACUGAUAAUCUAAAAAAGAAUACCACCAAUGCUGGAAAAGUGGAAUCUGGAGAUUAUGAGUAUUCUGAUUUUGACCUUUUAAAAGUCGCUUGCUGUCAACACUGCUUAAAACUGUACCCAAUACUGCUGUAAUAUGCAGUACUGGUGUUAUAGUGUACGAAAUUUAAUAUAAACUGAUAAUCUAAAAAAGAAUACUACCAAUGCUGGAAAAGUGGAAUAUGGGGAUUAUGAGUAUUCUGAAUUUGACCUUUUAAAAGUCGCUUGCUGUCAACACUGCUUAAAACUGUACCCAAUACUGCUGUAAUAUGCAGUACUGGUGUUAUAGUGUACGAAAUUAAAAAAAAAAACAUGUAAGCUUUUUUAAAUAUGUAAAUUUACUCGAAUUUUAAUUUCACACACAUCCGUUUUUCCCUAUUAAAGACUCAUGUAAAUGACUUUUUCAGUCUACUCUUUUUAUACUAUACAGUACCUCAAUAAAAAUAUUUAUAACAUAUGAAUUCAUAAUAGAAGUUUUAAAACGUUUCUGCCAUUAUAAAGUUGGUAACUGAUCAGAAUACCCGGCCCAUUCAUUUACAUUUGUCGGUUCGUUUUGUACUACUAACUAUGUUUUGUAGAACGAGGCAAAUAACAAUAGGCACUAUUCUUAUUCAAUGAGAUGCAAAUAAGUGGGCCGGGUAUUCUGCAAUUUAGCCCUAUAAGGCUAUAGUCUAAGACUGUGUGCGAGUGCAAGGUCAAAGAAGUUGGAAAAAUUCAGUGAUGACAGCUGUUUCAUGCUCUUUAAAAUAAAAAAUCUUCUUUAAAUUGAAAUCAAGCUUACCAUCGUUCGCCAUAGAGAGUAGCUGCUCUGCGACUUGGCGAAGAGUUUCCCUUUGAAAAUUGCUCAUUGCGACCUCGUGCUUCGUGUCAGACCGAAACGCUCUGUUUAUAGUAGCAAAGCAUGUUGGGUAGGCUACCAGUGCGCAUGCCUGACCUUGGGUAUAGUCAUGUGACCGAGUUGAUCAAGCGUGAAGUUCAAAUCAAAACUCGAAGUUUGAAUUCAAAACUUGAAGGUUGAAUUCAAAACUCGUAUGUUGUUUGGUGCAUCUUUGAGAAAGCUGAAAACAAAGACACGGCGUUGAAGCGAAGACUUUAAUGUUGAGGCGAAGGCUUGGUUGUUGUAAAGAAACUUGAAUGUUCAAAUGAAGGCUUGAAUGUUGAAGCAAAUACUUGAAUGUUGAAGCAAAGACUUGCUUGUUGAAGCGAAAACUUCAAUCUUGAAUCUUUUUCUCGCAUCUUAGAACUUGAAAUGAUUACAAUAAGGUACAAUGUUGAAUUCAAAGUAGGAAUUUUGUAUAUAAAAGUUCAGAUCUAAAUCGUAAACAUGAGAUUUAAAAAGGAAACUUAAAUGUUAAAAACAAAACUUGAAUUUUGGCGGGGAUAUAACGCCAUAUGGGAAAGGAAUGCUAGUUUCAUCAACACUUCACUUCAAAGGCAGCCAGAGAUAAUUAUAUUUAGAAAAAGGAAUUAAGUAAUAAAGCUUGAUCAAUAGACAGGGCUAGAUAAAAGACAGAAAAGACUGACAAAAAAAGUCACAGAAUACACGGUUGUUUUGAAAUAAGUUCCAUGUUUCAGACAGCAGUACACUGUUUGUUUUUUUUUUUGCCAUGUACUUUGAGCAUGGUUUCAAGUUAUUGAGGGUAAAAUUAUAUAGAAAUGACCUGAAGGGAAAAAGAAAUUACCUCGAGUUAGCGGGAGGUUCGAGUUACUAAGGGUAAAAUUGUAGUAAAAGUGUGAAGGAAAUCCAAGGGAAAUCGAUUUUGGUUCAAGUUAACACGAGGUUCAAGUUACGAGGGUUCGAGUUAUCGGCAGGCAACUGUAUGUAAAAAGAAAAUAUAAUUAUUGUUGUGGGUGUUAAGCAUGGUAAAUACAUGUAUCAUUUUGACCUUUACAUGCAUGAUAUGUUGCCUUUAAAGAUUGGUUUUCAUGGCAUGCCGCUCUUUGCUAUUUUCUAAAUACCAUUGCCUUUGCUAUCAGUUUUGGACUGAUUUGUUAUUUUUCUGUGUAGGUAAAUCAACUAUGCUUGAAACAAUAGGCAACAGAGAUAUCCCAAUUCCUUCCCACAUUGACAUUUUUCAUCUCAAAAAUGAGAUAGAAGCAUCUGAUAAGACAGCUCUUCAAUGCGUCAUGGAGGUUGAUGAGGAAAGGAUGAGGCUUGAAGCAGAGGCCGCUGAACUCACAAAACUUGGAGAUGAAGGAAGUGAGAGGUAUAAAUGCAUGUUUAUUGCUAACAUUAUCAGCUUCUUGAAAGAUAAGCACUCACCCUCCUACUAAUAUUGUAUUUUAACAGGGUGCAAAGAAAAUCAUUUUUACAGCUUGCCAUUCCAGCAAGCUGAAGCUAGCAUUUACUAACCCAGACGCCAUUUCAACUAGCCUCAAAAGCUUUUUGACGAGCGUAAUUAAUUCCACAGUUCUUCCUUUAUUUGAAUUGCUCAAAAAACAUCACUUGUCCGUCGGGCAAGUUAAAAACAGAAUUCACUAGCCCGAUAGCAAAAUCCACUAGCCCCAGGCUAUCGGACACUACUUUCUUUGCACGCUGAUUUUAAUGUGUGUUAGGUUUAUUUUGGUUUAUUUAGGCUGCUGCCAAAGAAAAUGGUUCUUUUUUCCUUUCCUUUCUGUAAAUUUGUGUCUCUUCCCCUGCCUUGAUUAGGCUCUCCUAUACAUAGGUGGAAGCUAUCGUGAAAUUGUAAAUUGAGAUUGAAUGAAUAAAGUUGAAAGUUGAAAGCUGAAAGUUGAAAUGGUUUUGGAAGCUCUUAGGGGCUCCUUAAGUAAAAAGUUAGGAGCCAAGCCAAAUUUCUAGGAGCCCAGAGAUCGAUAAACUUAAAUAAGUAAGCAGAUCCUCGAAACUCGAUUCAAGUGCCUCAAAACUCAAUUCCUUCGAGGUUUAAAAAUGCGUGAAUCAACUUUCAAGUCUAAGACAACAAUCAUUCCCUCUGAUAUGAUGAGAAAACUCUUAGUCUUCUGUUAAAUUCCUUUGGUUUAAAAGCAAACAUAAUCAUAGCCAGUAGAUCAGAAAUCUUUCUCGGCUUUUUCCCCCCAAGGUGCAUCCUUUUUCUGUAGAGUUAUCAGGAAGAUUUUAAAAGAGCCAUGUCUGCUGGUUUUGAUAAGAAAAUAAAUAUUGAAGUGACUGUGAGGAAAGAUCAACAUUACUUUAGUGUUAUGUCAUAAGGGCUGAAACUGUGAUUUUAAGUUGCCAGGUACUGUAUGCAAUAAGUAGGCAAGGAAAUGAACCGUAAGGAGGUUCUUUUGUUUCUUUUUCCUUUUGCAUCCCAUGAAAUUAGCUGAGGGUCGUAAUAAGAGUAACCAGAGAAAAUACCCAGCCCAUGCAGGGUGCAAAGAAAGUCGGUUUUACGGCUUGCCAUUCGGACAAGUUGUUGCUAGUAUGUACUAGCCCAAGAGUCUUUUAAGUAGCCCCCAAACAUUUUUUGAUUAGCAGCAUUAAUUACAGUUCUUCUGUAAUUUGAAUUUCCCCAAAAACUUCACUUGCCCUUCAGGCAAGUAAAGAACAGAAUUCACUAGCCCAAUUGCAAAAUCCAGUAGCCCAGGGCUAUCGGACACGACUUUCUUUGCAUGCUACCAAGGCCCUACAGUGACAGCCCUGUAUUAUGGCACUAUUAAAUCAUUAUUAAUUUCUUGUAGGUUAUUAGAUGUCUUUGAAAGACUUGACGAGCUUGAUGCAGACAAGGCCGAGACCCGAGGUGCUGAAAUCCUGAGUGGUUUAGGCUUCACUCCGUUAAUGCAACAGACUAAAACCAAAGAUUUCUCUGGAGGUUGGCGCAUGAGAAUAGCGUUAGCAAGAGCCCUGUUUGUAAAACCAACUCUUCUGUUAUUGGAUGAACCCACAAACCACUUGGAUUUGGAUGCUUGUGUUUGGUUGGAAGAGGAGCUGAAAAGGUCAGAUGGUUUAAUUUUAUUUGUCAUCUAUGUUGUACUUACGAAUAAAAUUGUUACAAAUUCUAGGGAAUUCCAUCAUGUCAACCCACUUAAUUUCUCCAGCUCAACAGGUUCGAGCAUAACAAGUGUGUUUAACAACCUCUCUACAUAUAGUUGUUUAUGUGACAAACUUCCCAAACAAUCCUCACUCCAUAGCCUGGUGACCCGCAAGUAUGAUACCCUUGAAAUACCACUGUUUUAAACAGCUACUGGUCAACAAUCAUUUAUUCUUAGACCUGUUAACCCUUUAACUCCCAAUAGUGACCAACAGCAAUUUUCUCCUAACGAUAUCCAUACAUUAUCAUGAGAUGAGGUUAUGAGAAUUAAUUAAGUGAUCACCUAUGAGAAAAUAUUUUGAUCUUUUAUCAAAUUCUCUCAACUCAUUCUUUAAGGAAAUGUAUAGAGAUCAGUUCAGAGAAUUUGUAUGUGGAUAUUGGGGCUUAAAGGGUUAACAUCUGCAACAACUAAGAUGACAACAAGUUAAUUAACGAAACUGAAUUAUGGAUCAGUUUCUUUCUGAGCAGUGAUUUUAGUGUAAUAUUUUUUCUUUGAGCUGAUCAUGUAAAUAGUGUCUGAAAAGCCCCAAGGGGAGCUACUAUUAAAGUAUCAAGCUAUCUAUGAGCUUUAUAGGGUACCAUAACUGUAUUGCAAAGUUUGAUGGAUGAUUUGCGGAUAAUGUUUUAAUCUUUUAUCUGCAUGGCUGCAUCAUUGAAAGUGCUUUUCUACUUUGUGGUUCUUUGCAGUUACAAGAGGAUAUUAGUGAUGAUUUCUCACUCUCAGGAUUUUCUUAAUGGCGUGUGCACAAACAUCCUUCACAUGCACAAGGGAAAGCUUGUGUAUUAUGGGGUAAGCAAAAAUCAUCCUUAGUGACUCUUUAAUUUCAGCCAUAGUGUCAUCUGUCAGUGUGCCAGUUUAAAUAUUCCCCCCUUUUUCUUGUCAGAUCUUGUAUAAUUAUCUCAACUAUAAGUUCAGCCACAUUGUGUACAAAUGUAAACUAUGCCCAUAUUACUUAUUAAGUUGUGAUUGCUAUCUUUUACUGAAGGGUAAUUAUGAUUCCUACGUCAAAACAAGAGCAGAAAUUGAGGAGAACCAGAUGAAACAGUAUGCCCGAGAACAAGAUCAAAUCAAACACAUGAAAGUGAGUGUUGCAUGUAAUUAGCAUUAUUUUCCCUAGAAGCCAAAGAGAAGGUUAUGAAAGUAAAGCAUUGUCAAAAUCAUAAGUUUAAUAUUUUUUUUACUUAUUUAAUUAUAAAGUAACAACUUUUUGCCUGCUAUAAUGGUUAGACAUUAUUCUGUUUGGUACCAUCCUGUCAAUACUACCAAAUUGUCAUGGCCUAAUAGGAGCUGUGUAACGGUUUUCUAGUUCCAGGGCUCGAAAUUAAAAAACCCUCAGGUCACCUUUUGGCGACCAACUGGAGAAAUAUAGUCACCAGAUGCACCAGUCUGUAUAAUCUAUAAAAUGAUGCAGCUCAUAAUAUGGCUUGGUUGUUUGAAAAUAUCACGGACCGAAGUCAGUAUAAAUUUCGGGGUAAAUUGGCUUUGUUUAUGCGAUUUGGCAUAUUUUUUAUGACGAAAGCAAAGCAAGAUAAGAUGAAAUGUUUGUUGUAACUUUACUCUUUUAAUUUAAAUCUAAAUCAUGGAGAGAAAUCUGGUCGCGAAAGUGGCGACUUAGUCGCCAAGGAGAAAAUGUUAGUCGUUUUGGCGACGAUAUCAGUCACAAUUUCGAGCCCUGAGUUCAUUUUGUUGAUAAUGCCAGUUACGUGUCCUUAUUUGCUAUGGAACUUGAAAAAUUACUUGUGCAUGACAAAAUCUCAGCUUCGUGCUUAAUAGUAUUUGUCUUCCAAGCAUUGUAUCAAACAUUAUAAACAGCAAGAAUGAACUAAUUGAAAAAUAUUAAUUGUCAGUUUAACAAGUUUUUUUAAACCCGUGCCUCCUUUUGUAUUUAACAUACUCUCUUUCCACGUUUCACUCAGUUUGGCGGCAUCUCCCACUGUUUGAAGUUUGAUAAAUUUGACAACACAGCUCGUUUAGAAGGGACUUUCAGAUACCAAAAUGGCAACAGCAGGGGUGUCAUUAAGAGGUGGGAUUGCCCCCGGCUACUUUCAAAGGAAAAUAAAAGAAAAAUAGAACCAAAAGAAACUCCUAGCUGUUCAGGCCAUCUGAUAGGGUGCAAUAAAAAAAACAGAAAUUGUGCGAUAUUUUCAUGGUAGAUUGUUAGAUAAGAUAGGACUAUUAUGCGAUAAAUUAUGCGAUUUUUUCAGGGCUAAUUUACAUUGUCUUACCUGGUUUCAAAGGAGACUUUGAACUUUAAUGUUGUUUAACUGGCAAUUUGAAUGUAAAGGAAUAAUGAAACAUCUAUUUUAACACAAAAUAGUUAAAUCUGUCCGAUUAUCUUGACCCAGAAAAGAAAAAGGACACUUGUUUAAUAUUACAUGAUGCCAUUACACUGCUAAACACACUGCUUGUCUCUGAAAUCAAAAUGGCUGCCCUGGGCGAUACUGCGAUCGAAGGUUUCAGAUGUCUUGCAAGGCUUUCUUUAGUGGUAAAUCACCUUAAAUAACAUUAAGAUUGGGAAAAUGUUUCAUUAAAGUUAGAAUUCAUUGUUUACUUUACUUUAAUUUAGGAUUUUUUUAAGGAUUAUGCGAUUUUCCUCAAAUUGAGUGAUUGGAUGAGAUUUGAGGUCAGUUGUGCGAAAUCGCACCAUUGCAUAAUAUCAGAUGGCCUGGCUGUUUGAUUUUUCGCCUACUUGUUGUAUUUACCCUGCAACUAGCAAUCUUAGUGACAACCCUUCAACGACAAUCAGACAAGCACCUUUCACCACCAAGUGUCAUUUGUAAGCAAAGUUCUUCUUAUUAGCUCUUAUUCUGUUCCUGGGCAUUCCUUUAAACUCAACUCUCAUGAGAAUUCAUUUAUGCAAAGCUUGGCAACUUUACAAUUAUUUCAAAAUUAGGCUUGGUGGAAGUGAAAUUUGCUUGCCCGACAUAAACAUGCAUUAGUGCUAUCAAUUGCAAAAAAUGUUCCCAGUGAUACCGUAUAACAUAUUUGUUUUAUUCAUAAUCACAGGACUACAUUGCUAGGUUUGGUCACGGAAGUGCCAAGCUGGCAAGGCAAGCACAAAGUAAAGAAAAAGUACUGAGUAAAAUGGUGGCUAAUGGACUCACAGAGAAGGUCGCAAGGGACAAGGUAAGAACAUUUCCAUACCUACUUUUUUUAUUACUCUAUAAACCCUAAUAUCAAAAUUUCAAUUCUCAUUGGUUGCUUGCAGGUAUUUCCUAUAGAAAUUUUGAUGAGAAGUUGUUUUAGUGUCAAUAAAAUUCAUCUUACGCGAUCAUUUCCUUAAUUUUCAUGACUACACUGUUUUAUAAGGCAAAGAUAUUACAAGAUGAAAUUCAAUGAUGAUGAUCUUAGGGCUUAAGAGUUUAGGUUAAAGGAGUUUUUGCACAAGAAAAUUUGUUUUGUAAAUUGCAAUGCACAACAUGUACAUACAGAUGAGACAAGUCCUGAGAUGUUGCUUACGGCUGGAGUGUUUCACGUGAUAUUAUGGUUCCCUCACCUCAUACAUGUAACUUGUUUCUCAUUGAAAGUAUCUGAUGUUUUAAGUGAAAUCUGUCACCAUCUUGUACAAUGUAAAACAUCAUCCCACAGCAACACUCACCUCAAGCCCUUCAACAUUUCAUUGGCAUUAUGGUUAAUAUUUGCAUUUAGAUUUCUGGGAAACUGCCCACCUACCUGUUCCCUAAGCUAACAUUAACACUUACUUCUCGCUUAGGGCAAAAUGACGGCUUAGGGGAGGGGUAGGUGGAGGGUUCCCAGAAACCUAAACUGAUCCCUAAAACCUUGCUUAAAAUUUGGCUAAAUCAUGGGUUAAAGUUAACCAUUUUUAAAGGAACCAGGCCCAGGAGAAAUAGAAAAGAAAGGAUAUGCAAAAUAAAGGGGGCAGAAAAAAAGGUGUAUUACAAAAGAUGUGAAAAUGGCAAAUCCAUACAUUUCUUAAGGGACUGGUCAAAAAGUAUAGGGGGGGGGUGGGCCGGAGCAGAGAGGGGGUGGGUCAUGAGGUUUUGAGCCUUGUGCAAGGGGUGGGUCGUGCAAUUUUCAGCUAAUCUUAGGGGGUGGGUCAUUCUAUUUUAUUACAUAGAUAGGCACUAACUACUAACGAGACAGUUGACUACACUUGUUAUAUAAAACACAGCCAGCUGGAAUUAUUGCUGAAAUACUCGCAAACCUCUUGUGCGAGAAAGUACAAAAGGGUGACAGGCCGCGCACAUCUAUACUGGAGUGGAACCCUUAACCUUUUUUUUUUUGGCUCUUACGGGCAUGUCCUUUAAUGAUUUUCCUUUUUUUGUAAGGAAAUGAUUGGUGGCUCUUUAAAAAUUUAUUGAGGUUACAGUUGGUUUUGUAUAAGAUUCCAUUUUUUCAUUCAAGCUUCCUUUGUAGUAGACAAUGAGGGCUGGUAUUGUGUCACGAAUGACAAUAUUUCUUUUUCCUCCUUGUUGUUUUGUUUUAGGAGUUUAGACUCCCUUUCGUGAAUUUUAUUUCUGAUAGUAUGUUUUCUAUCAAAGAUUGUGGGUAGCCUCCGUCCAUCAAGCGUUGUUUUUUAAAUGUGAAUUAUUUUCCUCAAAAGUUAUUUCUGAGAAGUUUUUUCGUAGGAUUCUCAAGGCUCCUUUUUUAACAUUUGGAGGGUGACACGAGGUGAAAUGUGUGUGCAAGAAGGUUUGCUUUUGUUAAAAAUGUGUCUUUUCAUCAAGGAUAGAUUUUUCCUUGAAUCUUGUGCCUUUAUCUACAACCGUGUCUAAAAACGCAGUCUCAGUGUCAAAUGUUUCAGCCUUGAAUUCAAUAGUUGGGUGAUGUAAGACUUACAUCACCCAACUAUUGUUCAAUGAAGGCUUCGAUGUCUGGUUUACUCAUGUACCAUAGGUCAAAGAUAUCGUGCAUGUAGCAUUUCCAAACUGUUGUUCUAAAGACAGUUUUGCUUAGAGUUGUUGUUUCAAUAUAUGUCAUGAAAAUAUUGGCAAAGGAAUCAAAUCUGCUUUCUUCGUGCCCAUUGCAGUUCCAUGGUUUUGUAGGCAGUGCUUUCCAUUGAAGUGGAAGAAAUUUUCUUUGAGGGUCGAUUAAUCUAAGCAUUUCUGGCAAGUAAUGUGUAGGAAUGGGUUGUCUUUGUAGAAAUUUUCUUAUGCUUUGUGACAGACAAUUUCAAUAUACCCUCCUUUUGCUGUAUAUUCGUGUCAAGACUCAUAACGUCCAUCGAAACAAGGAAUGUUGGGUUUUUCACAUUUGUCUUUCCAGUGAAAGGUAUGAUUUCUGUGAUUUUGAUAUUGGUUGUAGCAGUGUAUCAACAAAUUUUGUCAAGCACAGAACAAGGUUUUAUGGGAUUAUUAAGAGGAAACCAAACAUCCAUGUUUUAACUAGGGGGUGGGUCGUGCAAUUUCCAACCUUGCUUUAGGGGUAGGUCAGUCAUUUUUGUGCCGAAGGGAGGGGGUGGGUCAUGUGUGUUUUAUCAACCACAUUUCCAAAUGCUCCGGCCCACCCCCCCCUAUACUUUUUGACCGGUCCCUAAAGAAUUACUUGAUCAAAGAUCAAAGUUUUUAUUAUUUUUUUUUAAAUUCUCAUCAGCUAAUCUCAUGAUUAUGUAUAGAUGUUCAGUGAUUUUUGUUACAAAUAGUUGUGGUGAGUCCUGGGUCUCAUCAUCAUGAGUCGCUGUCCAUAACCAAUGAGUCCCAGUUCACAAAAACAAGGAGUCCUUAACUGAAAAUGCUUAUGGACCUUUAUGUAACCAGACAGUUAAUCUGGAGACAGAAGCCAGAACUAUACAGUUUACUGAAAUUAUAUAGUCUUUCAUAUAUUUAAAGCACAAAAAAGACUAAAAUAAAUAGGGAUCUUUAAGCAACAGCCAUGUGCAGAGAUCACACAAACUAGAUAUUGUAGCAAAAAAUCUUCAAAUGGAUUGAUCCUUCUUUGCAUCCUACGGGACGCAUGCCAUGAAUUAUUUUGCGUCUUGGGUUAUUUUUAUGCAUCAGGGAUGCAGGAUGCAGAGGUAACAGAAUCACUGGAUGGUACAGGUCAAAAUUAUAUUCAGUUUAGAAUUUUUACCUUGGGUUGAUUCUCAAUUUCCUUUGUUGUUAGCCCCAACUCCUGAACAAUUAGGGCAAACAAGGAGACAAAGGAAACAGAGAAUCAAACUCGCUUAAAAAAUGUUAAGUUGAAUUUAAUUUUGACCUGUAACAUAUAAAUUGUUGGGAGAAAAUUGAUCUUGGUCAUCCUUGGGAUUUUAGGGGUUAAUGGCCAGUCAGAGGUUAAAUGAUUCAGUUCAGAAACUAAUUAGUAGUCUUCUUUUGUAAUAAUUUUUUAUUAUUAUUUAACCAGGUUCUAACAUUCUAUUUCCCUGACUGUGGAAAACUUGCACCACCUGUUGUCCAGGUUCAGGCAAUGAGCUUUAAAUAUGGAAAAGAUAAGGUUAGUUCUUUUAGUUGCUUUGAGCAGACACUGUGUAUGUCACAUUUUUAUCGCAUUGUGUUCUUGUGAUCACCUUCUCUGCAUUUAUUUCUUCAUCCCGCAGAUUUAUGAAAUUCAUGUAAUUUGUUUAUCAUUUCAAUAUAAAUAAUAAUUGUUAUUAUUAGUGGAAAAAACACUUGAAGCAAAUGCCCUGCUUUGUCUGUAAGGGUAUAUGCUGAAGUUAUUUGACUGUAACAUUAGGAAUCACAAUGUUGCUAAAUGUACAGUGCCUUAAUUUAUUGGUGUAUUUUAAAAUGUCAUUCUGUACAGAUUUAAGUACUUUUGAAUUGCUGAAGUGCAGUGCACUGUCUAAUAAAACUGAAAAUAUACAUGAACCUAAAUGUCCUUAACCUUGUAAAACUUGAUAAAAUCUGUUUUUAGUGGUUUAGCUCAAAGUCAUCUCUUUAGAACUGUUCAUUCCCAAACUGAUCCGUAGCAUUUUAUUCUCUAUUUAGCCUGCCAUAUAUGAUAAUCUGGACUUUGGAAUUGAUUUGGAGUCCAGAGUGGCUUUGGUGGGUCCCAAUGGAGCUGGCAAGUCCACACUACUGAAACUGCUUGAUGGAACACUGACACCUUCUGAUGGGCUUAUACGAAGGCAUAAUCACCUCAAAAUAUGCCGUUACCACCAGGUUUGAUCAACCGCAAAUAUGAGCUUUAUACAACUAUAACUCAAUCACAGGGCUGUGCUCUAGUGGAGCGUGGCCCCUAACACCCAACAUUUUGCUCUCAGGCAACUAGAAAAUCUUAGCUUUUUCAUACAAAUCAUAUGCUGGGCACCCAAGAUUUUACAGUUUCAGAGCUCUCUUUGAACAGUUUUACUUAGAGCGUAGCCUUGAAUCACAUCACAGAGUAAUAAAUAGUUGAAGCUAUUGCAAGGCAUAGAAAAACACAGAAAAUGAUAAAAGGUUAUUUAAAGUGCUAAGUUGUCAUUCAAUGUCUAAACCAUUCGGGCUUAGCCCUUGAUCAGUGGAAUGCUAUUGGUUUUGGCACUGCCGAGACAUUUUUAUUAAAAUGAAUACAUGUACACUGUAAGUGCAAGUCUUACAGAAAAUGAAAAUUGCUGUUACAUAGCUGAGUUAAAAAGAGGCACAAAACUUGCCGUUUCCCUCGCUUAAUAUUACUGCAGAAGCUAGUUAAUGCCUUGCACCAUAUUGUCAAUGAUGGGGCAACAUGUGACUAAGGCAAAAUAAUGGUAGUCUUUACACUAGAGCCUAAAUAAGCUAAAAAAUAUUUCAAGACAAGUAAAUUUUAAAUUCUUCAAGUAAAAAGAAGCUUCACACACAACCUAUCUUUUUUACUUCAGGUUAACUUAAGGCUAUUUUCCCACGCAACAUUAUUAAGAUUGAUUGACAUGCUUUGCCGUUCUGAAAGCUCAAGAAACCACAAGGUCGCAAAGUCGGUUUUAUAAGGAUGGUUUUCAAGUCCCUUGAAACUUUUCUUGAAUCGUUUCAACUUUCCGACCUUAAUGAAAUGCAGAGUAAAAGAACUUGAGAUUUUACUUUGGCUUUUACACACAUAGAACGGUUUUCACUUGACUGUCGUAAAACCAAAACCAAAGUAAAUACACUAGCCAACCAAAGGGCGUAGUAAAACCAAAACCAAAACCAAAACCAAUCCCUUUCGACAGUCAAGUGAAAACCGCUCUAUCAUCGGUUAAGUAAAACUUAGCAGCUCUCAAGUCUUACGUAACGGCCUGGUGUAAAGAUUGCCAAUAUCAUUAGUUUGAAAAUGCUCAACUUCUGAUGAGUUACCAUAGUUAGGUGGAGGAUUUUUUAAGCCAAUCAAAUGCACUAAAAAAUAACAAUUUAUUACCAAGCAACUAAAUAUCAUGCUUCAAUAAUAUGACCAUUUCUUCUCGCAUUUCUGGCAGCAUCUCCAAGACAUGUUGGAGCUGGACAAGUCAGCACUAGAAUUCAUGAUGAAAUGUUUUCCUCACAUAAAGGAGGUAGAGGACAUGAGGAAAUCAAUAGGAAGAUAUGGACUGACUGGUAAACAACAGGUGUGUACAGGGUAAUAUAGAUAGAUAUGGACUGACUGGUAAACAACAGGUGUGUACAAUGUAAUAUAGAUAGAUAUGGACUGACUGGUAAACAACAGGUGUGUACAGGGUAAUAUAGAUAGAUAUGGACUGACUGGUAAACAACAGGUGUGUACAGAGUAAUAUUAGUGCGUUUCGCAACAGGACAUUAGAAAGAAGAGGAUGGCAAAGCGCUUGUGUGAGACGAACGUGACAGGGCUAUUUCUUGCAUGUUAUCCUCACUUAACAUUAAUGUUUUGUGGUCUUUGCCAAAAAAAAUAUUUAAAGGAAAGUGAAGUUUGACGUAAAGUUAUUUCAAACAAAAUUAUUGUCACGCUUGUCAUACAAGGUUUGCUGUCUUCUUUCCACUCCUGUCCUGUUGCGUAAGUUCAUCAUUAACAAGGAGGAAAGAAGAUGGUGCUUGGUUCUGAAAAUAAUAACAAAGAUGUAAUGAGAAUGCCACUAUCAUCCAUGGGAAAAAGAGGAAAAUAGAAUGUUGAUCCCCUUCUGCAACUACAGGGGUUUUUUUAUUAUUCAUUCUCUUUAUAUGUCUAGGUGUCUGUUGUUUUGUGGCCAAGCUCCAAAGUUUUUGUUACUCUGUCACUUCGAUGAAGCUUUAUUCGUUGCUGAUCCUGUUAGUAAACUGGACAGGAAUAGGAAGCGAGUAUCUCAUGGUUCAGUUUUGGACCAAUUCCUCGUUGGUGGGGUUCAAUUCCUGUUGAUAACGUGAAACUGUCCUCUCUUUCCAAUGGUACUUGUAGAUUGAUAGACGCUGCAUGUUUGUCAGGUUUAAGGUGGCUGCAUUGUUAUUACAAGUGCAUUGAACUAUGAUGACAUAAAAACUGCCGACGGUUUGAGAGCAUUUAGCAAUAAUAUGAAAUUAUCUGAUAUUUCUCCCUGAUAUUUAUUUGGAAUACUCACUAUAUCAAUAAAAGAUACCAGAAAUUUCAGUAAAAAAUAUCAGCAAAAUUUUAUGCUAGACGUGAUCAAUUGAGGUAUUGCCAAAUGAUAGCUGGAGUACUUCUUUAAGUUUUAAUAGCCAUCACGUUAAAACCAAAAAUGUUAUGACACAAAGUUUGUCAUAGUUCAUUGCAUUUGUAAUAAAAACGGAGCUACCUUGAAAGAGAUCUUACAGCUACAGUUUACUACAAGCUGUCCCUGAAGGUUUAGGCAAGCAUGUAAGCAAUCAAGGACUCUCCCAGUCUUUUGUGUCUGCCUGUUCAGUUUUUUCCGUGGGACUGAAGUUUCCUUCCCUGAAUUAUAACUUACAGUCACACUAGUAAAGCUUCUGUGGGCUUAGGGGGGAGGGGAGGGGAGGAACAGUAGGGAUUGUUCUUUGUACUCAUCUGCCCUUUGAACAGAGAUGCUAAACCCGUCAUUAAUGUUAAGUGGCAUUUAAAUGCAAACAUAAGCUGCACACAUGGAACCCAAGUAACAAUGCCAGCACAGAGAGCUCAAAAUACAUGCACUAACUUUUCAAGGUCACCUUGACUUCUGAUGACUUGAAAGGUAAUGUCACCAAUACAGGCGUAUUAUCGUUCGCAUCUGAAACUGCUACCUUGUAGAUUCUAACUUGUGCUUUAUGUUGAUUGAAAACAGAUCUGUCCAAUGCAGAACUUAUCCGAUGGUCAGCGCUGUCGUGUGGUGUUUGCUUGGUUAGCCUUCCAGGCACCUCAUCUCUUGUUACUUGAUGAACCUACAAAUCAUUUGGAUAUGGAGACGAUUGACGCACUGGCUGAUGCCAUUAAUGACUUUGAGGGAGGACUGGUGCUUGUUAGUCACGAUUUCAGGCUGAUCAAUCAGGUCAAAAUAAUUAUAAACUGUUCACUGGUUCAAUGCGCUGUUAUGUGUACAAUACGUUUUGAUCGCAUAAUUGUCUCAAAACUUGGUGAAUAGAUCACCUUUUUAGCUUGUAAGUUUUGUUUUCCCAUUUCAGUCUACGAGAUGGUACCCCAGAGAACGGUUUCUUUCAAAUGUCGUCCUAUUCAUCCGCGUGCACAUGUAUGCAUAAUUUAUGAAAAGACAAAAGGCAAAUUCCCUGGGCCCAGUUGUUUGAAGGCCAAUUAGUGUUUAACCUGGGGUUAAAUUUAACUCGGGUUUCUUUUUCUUGUGUUCAAAAGCAUUUUCUCGGAUAAUUUUCUUUUUUUUUUAGAGUUUCCAAUCAUCAACUUGUAGACAAAAAGAAUCAUUAAAACUGAAAUGCUUUUUAAGCCUUAAAAUCUGGAUUCAAAUCUCGCACUAGCCCUGGGUUAUCUUAACCCGGCUUUGUAUAACUCAGCCCUGGAGAACAUCGGAAGAACAAAAUAUACAAGCUAAGGGCCAGUUUACAUGGAGGUGGGGGACCCCAGACAGAUGAGGUAACAUGUGAUGGGUCCCCCACCUAUUAUGUAAACGUGAUCAAAUUAAUAUGAGAGAUUAUAUGGACAGACGGGUUACCUCACCUACCUACCUAUUGAAAGACUCUAAGGAAACAAAAGCAUAAGUUUAAAUUACAAAUUGCAAAGAAUCUCACUUAGACCCGUGGGCAUUGGCCACGCUUCCCUGGAUGACCGAGGUUUUUUCUCACGAGUGGUGGGAUGAUUCGAGCCAAAGCGCCGGUCACUAUAAAGACUUGACCAAAACCGGAAGCCGCGCAUGAAAAGUCUCUGAUACCCAGCCUAUGGCAAAGCUGUAUCGGUAAUUUUAAUCCUCUUUCCAGUAACAAUGUGUCUGUUGUAGCAAUAAGUCUGCAUAGCAGUUAAAAAUAGCAACCUAAAUAUCUGAUGACGACGACAACAACUUUGCACGUACAGUAGUCUUUUUUGUACAUUUGUUUGUCGUCGCUGCACGACUACGACCUGAAAGUGCCUAAUUUCACGUUUAUGGAGGACGUAAACGAGCGACGACGAAAUGUUUUUUUUUUCUCUUUCUGAACUUGGGAAUUGUUCUCAGGAGGGCUCGCGUACAUUUGACAAAGGGAGUGAGUUACAAUAAUCGCAAUGAAGAUUGAAACAGCGCGGCGUUUUCGAUGCCGUCGCUGUCCUUUCCUUUCCCUAAUAUUACCGACAAAACUUCUGUACACUCCAUCAGCUUUUCCUAAUGUAAGAUUUUUGUCUCGUUCUUUUUCCCUAGGUUGCGAAGGAAAUUUGGAUCUGCGAGAAAAAGACUAUCACUCCAUGGAAGGGAGAUAUUUUAUCAUACAAGGAGGAGCUGAAGAAGAAAGUGACUAGAAAACACAAAGCGUAAUCUAUUUAUUUUUACUUAAGUACAAUAAUUGCUAUUAUUAUUUUGAGUAGUCUAUACAUUGUAACCUAGCUGCUGUUAGAAACUCUGGAAGCCUGUAUGAAUAUUAUUAGAGCUGAUUAUUAGAGCAGAGAGUCUUUUGAGCGACGCACUUUAACCGGAAGUGGACUAGCCUCCCACGCACCGGAAGUGGACUAGCCUCCCACGCAGACGUUCUUAGGGGUCGUCACGUGUUCCUGCCCCACGAACGUUCGUGGGACAGGAACGUGUGACGAACCACUAAGAACGUUUGCGUGGGAGGCUAGAAGUGGACUUUUAGCAUUCUUGGGCAGUGGUUUCGCCCAAAUUUUUCGGCCAAUCGUCUCUAUAGAAUAAAGACAGUUGGCACUACAAAUUUGGUAGAGUCAAGGCAUAUUAUAAGGGAAAGGUUGACGUACGCCGCUCAAAAAUGCCUUUGCUUAAACUGCUUAUUACCUCUCACAGUUGACUCAGUACAGCCGAAAGAAAGACAGCUGACAGGAGACACUGCCUUGUUACCCUUAAACAGUUCCAAAUAACUGACACAUUUGUGGACCUUUUUUUGUAAUUUUAUUAACUUUACAUGCAAAUGCUCCCUUGGAAUUGUCAAAACCCUCACUUUCAAAAUGAGGCCAAGUGCACAACCUUUCCUUUGAAAACGAGUUUUAUUUGCAUGAGAAUGAGAACCAUCUCCAUAUCAAAGGCUGAGUGCUCCACCGGUCUGACGGAGUAUCCGAAUGUUCAAGCCUUCAUCACGCUAGUGUUUUCCUUUGAUUCUUAACGUAUGAAAACAAGAUGAAGCGAAUCCUGUCUUCGAUCUGAUUGGCUGCCUUCCGCAUUGGUGCCGCUGGAAAAAGUUCUCCUUUUGACCUUAUUAUAUAUCCUUUAUUAAUCACGCUUGUUCGAUCAAGAUGGUGGCAUAUUGGCCUCCCUUUUUUUUGCGUUUUGAUUGACCUUGACUUCGUCUCGGUCCU